CCGAAUUCAGCAGGUUGACAGAGGGUGGGAAGUCAGCCAGGCACACCCAGCUCUCCGAGGCAGUAAAAUGAUCCCUCUUUUGCCCUUCGGCCAAGCCCAGCUUUUCUAACGGAUAAAAGGAGAAGCAGUCAGGAGAACUCGCUCACUUCCCUGGUCUCCAGCACAGGUUCCCUGAGCUUUUGAAGGGUAGGGGAUACUGAAAACACCCUCGGAGCAGCCAUGUCCCGGUCUGUGAGUUUCAGCUCUCGCUCUGUGGCUGUCCCAGGGAUCAGCCAAGUGCGGGUCAGCACCGUCUCCUCGACCCGUGGACUAGGAGGGGGUGCCGGCUUAGGCAGGGCAGGUGGCUUUGGCAGCUCCAGCCUCUACAACCUCGGCUCUGCCAACAAGCGGAUCUCCCUUGGAGGUGGCAGCUCCUACAGCCUUCGCUCUGGAUACAGCUAUGGAGGCAUGGGAUUCGGUGGGGCACUCAGCCCGGGGGGCAUUCAGGAGGUCACCAUCAACCAGAAUCUCCUGACGCCCCUGAAUCUGGAGAUUGACCCCAAUAUCCAGCGGGUGCGCAAGGAGGAGAAGGAGCAAAUCAAGACACUCAACAACAGAUUCGCCUCCUUCAUUGACAAGGUCCGGUUCCUGGAGCAGCAAAACAAAAUGCUGGAGACCAAAUGGAGCCUCCUCCAGGACCAGAAGACCGCCCGGAGUAACAUUGCUCCCAUGUUUGAGACAUACAUCAACAACCUGCGUUGUCAGCUGGAUGGGUUGUUGAAUGACAAAGGGCGUUUGGAGGGCGAACUGAAGAACAUGCAGGAUCUUGUUGAGGAUUUCAAGACCAAAUAUGAAGACGAAAUCAACAAGCGCACGGCAGCAGAGAACGAGUUUGUGGUGCUCAAGAAGGAUGUGGAUGCCGCCUACAUGAACAAAGUGGAGCUGGAGGCCAAGGUGGAUGCGCUGACGGAUGAGAUUAACUUCCUGAGGUCUCUCUAUGAAGCGGAACUUCAUGAGCUGCAGGCCCAGAUCUCUGACACGUCUGUGGUGCUGUCUAUGGAUAACAGUCGAAACCUGGACCUGGACAGCAUCAUCGCAGAGGUCAAAGCACAGUAUGAGGAGAUUGCCAACAGGAGCCGGGCAGAGGCCGAGUCCUGGUACCAAAGCAAGUACGAGGCACUGCAGGUCACUGCUGGAAAACAUGGAGAUGACCUGCGCAACACGAAGAAUGAGAUCUCAGAGAUAAACCGCGUGAUCCAGAGGCUGCAGGGUGAAAUCGAAAAUGUGAAGGGCCAGCGUGCCAAGCUGGAGGCAGCCAUUGCUGAAGCUGAGGAACGUGGCGAGUUGGCUGUCAAAGACGCCAAGGCAAAGCUGGAGGAGCUGGAGGCAGCUCUGCAGAAGGCGAAGCAGGACAUGGCCCGGCAGCUCCGCGAGUACCAGGAGCUCAUGAACGUCAAGCUGGCCCUGGACAUCGAGAUUGCGACCUACAGGAAGCUGCUGGAGGGCGAGGAGAGCAGGUUGGCUGGUGAUGGAGUUGGCAACGUCAACAUCUCUGUGGUCAGCUCCAGCGGUGGAGGUGGCUAUGCCAGUUCCAGUGGAUUUCUGGGAGGAGGAAUCGGAGGAGGCCUUAGCCUGGGAGCAGGCAUGGGCAGCGGGGCGCUCGGCUUCUCCUCUGGGGGUGGCUCCAAAUCCUACACCAUCACCACAACCUCAUCCAGCAGGAGAAGCUUCAGGAAGUAACUCCAGGAACGGAGAUCAGCGGUACUCAUUACAUGGGAGGAGGGAAACCAUAGAAAGAAAAGUCUUGUUACCUUUUAUAGGACAAAUUGGCUGCAAAAUUUCUGCAGUGAUGAAUGAAUUGGAAUAAGACAUACCAGAGUACCUGACCCUGCCACAUCACGCCUGAGGCUUGAUCCUGCACUGUUGAACUUAGUGGGAACCAUUCCACUGAGAGCAGGUUCAAGCCUGUAGGGUGAAAUUUAUCCAGUGAAGCAGGUGGGAUAAUGCUUUUGUUACUUGUGUGCUUGGUACCCCCUGCUCACGGCUGGAUUUCGCCCUUUGAAGGGCAAAGCAAUCAUUAGAGUGGCAAGUUAUUCCACAUUUCUGCUGUGGUUUUGCAAAAGAGACCAGAAGAUUAUCUCCCUCUUAAUAUGAUUUGGAAGACUUUAUUCCCUUAGGCUCCUCAGAAAAUGCCAACCCUUGUUAAGAUUUCAGCCUGGGUUUGUUUUCUUAAAGUAUACCAAGAAGAAAACAGUGAAACUGUUCUGGGUUUCUCCUUGUUUUCUUUGGAAAUGGGCUCAGAAAUGGAAUUCAACAAUUCUCCUCUGAAUGAAGCUGAUUUCUUACCGAAGGCAAUGCAGACAGAUUUACGUUCGGGUUCUUUAUAGCGAAGUAACUCAUAGACAAGCUCCCCCACCCAUUCCCUCUCCUUCAAAGAAGCCCAAAGCUUAAGGGAUAUGAAGUUGCUUAAAAUUAUAAGUAGCACACUAAAACGGGAGAUAACAUUCCCCAUCCUUGAAUAUCUCUGUUUACUACCCUGUAUUUCGAAGUGUAUCUAGUGAUAUCUGGUGUCUUUACUACAGCUAGGGAAAAAGCGUGUUUUGUUGACGCAUCAUUACAAAAAUACUUGUUCCUGCCAAAAUGUGUCUUCAACUUAAACAUGCCAGGGAAAAUAGUUAGGUCGUUACUGCAGUAGGAAGAAUUGUUAGAUAAAUAACUUGAAGAAACGGCACAGAAUUGUUGUAUUGCAUGCUCAGCCAUGUCCUAGCAGUGUAUCUUUGGUUGACGUUUUAUGCCUUUGUGGUCUGAGACCUUGUCACGAGGCCAUUAAUAAAGUUCCUCUAUUGCAUGCUUCUUCA